AUGGCUGCCCUUCAGCCGUCGGCUGAGGGGCAAGGAUUAUCACCUACCAAAAAAAAAUCUUUCUCUCAAUUAUUUUCUCAGCCGGCAAUAUCUCCUAUCCACAUUCAGCAGGCUUCUGUCUAUAAGGGAGAAGCUGCGGUAGUUUUUUCUAAAGCAGAUGCAGACAAACUUGCAGCGCCGUUUCAAUGGGCUUUGGUGGGAAAAUUUUCACACGGCCGACCUUCUUUGGAAGAUAUUCGAAAGUUUUUUGCUUCUUUAAACCUGAAGGAUCAUGUUUCUAUUGGAUUGAUGGAUUAUAGGCAUGUUCUCAUUAAGUGCAUGGCUGAAGCUGACUUCAACAGAAUUUGGAUGCGAGGGAUUUGGCAACUGGGUAAAUAUCCGAUGCGUGUGUUUAGAUGGACAAGGGAGUUUCAUGUGCUUAGGGAAUCAUCUCUGGCUCCGGUUUGGGUAGUUCUUCCAGCUCUGCCUAUUCAUUAUUUCGACAAACAUUCAUUAUUCUCCAUACUUUCUCCAGUAGGAAGACCACUCUUCCUAGAUUCGGCAACCGCAGCUGGGACUCGACCAAGUUUGGCCAGGGUAUGUGUGGAACUCGAUGUAGCGAAAUCUUUUACACAAAGAGUUUGGGUGGCUGUUGAAGGUGAGUCUGGAUUCUGGCAACGUAUUGUGCCAGAGAAUAUGCCAUUAUAUUGUUCAUCUUGUUCACGUUUGGGUCAUUCCCAAGAGCAAUGCAAGAAGAAUGUAACUGAGGUUGGGUCUCGGUAUCUAUAUAAACAAAACAUGAAGCUGCAGAGGGAUCUACCAUUAGAAGUUAAUAAUAUUCAAGUGUCAAAUUUAGACCUUGUAAACAACCCAGAUGCUAACUUGAACAAAACAACAGAUGCCGUGACUGAUUCCGACGAAGUGCAGCAUCCUGAGAUGGGCAAUUAUGCUGAAAAACUCAAAGGUGCAGUGGUGGAGGAAGUCUGUACUGCCACAAAGGUUCAGGAAGUUAGUCAGCCUGAUGAUCACCUUAGUAAGCUUGGAGUAUCUAAGUUGUCGUCUAAUGCUGAAUUUGAACAACCACACAAUGAUCUUGCAUUGGAGCUGCCGAUACGUGAGGAUCGAAGGGAAAUGGAAAACCAGCUGGACAAGGCCCACGGGAAUGAAUACCAAGGGACCCGUUCUGAAACUAAUAUAAUUCCCACAGACAAACUUCUUUGUAAGGCUGACAGAAAUUCUCUUCAUCAUCUAUCUGAUCACCAAGUGGUGAUAGUUGCUGCAUCCAAGCCGACACCAUCUGAUGUGCAAGGGAAUUUUAAUACGACUCAUAUGAGGGAGCAAACACUUGUUGGGGAACAAUUGACUAUGCAAAAGCAGUUAGAACAGGUCCACGAAAAUGAUGAAGGGACCCAAGCUACAUCGUCUGAAGCAUCAAAAGUGAAACUUCAGUCCACUGCCGACAAUAACUCUUUGGAGCAUCUCUAUGUUGAGUUGCGAGGAGUGGAGAAUUACGGUCCUACAGAGCAUGGGAUAGUGGAGGUUAAUUCACCAACUGUUGCAGGAAAUUUGUCUCCCAGACCGGGUGUCCCACAAGAAAAUUUGCCGGAAUCAUCAGGUCCUUCUUUAACUAUUCAUCAAUCAGGGGUGGCUGACCGUAAUCCCAAACAAAAAAGGACAAAAGGUUUGAGGGCUAAUUUGCAAACCGACAGAAUUUUGCGCUCACGGUCAGAGACAUCUUCCAACAACUCAUUCCAGGUUCUUUCUCAUGAUUAA